AUGUAAACUGCUUCUACAAACAUUUUUGAAAUACUGUGCAAUAAGUCCAUCCGUGACAUUUCCUGGCUACUAAAUAUUCCACGCUCAACUGUUAGUGGUAUUCUAACAAAGUGGAAGCAAAUGGGAACAACAGCAACUCAGCCACCAAGUGGUAGGCCACGUAAAAUGACAGAGCGGGGUCAGUGCAUGCUGAAGUGCACAGUGCGCAGAAGUCACCAACUGUCUGCAGAGUCAAUAGCUAAAGACCUCCAAACGUGGUGUGGCCUUCAGAUUAGCACAACAGUGCGUAAAGAGAGCUUCAUGGAAUGGUUUUCCACGGCCGAGCAGCUGCAUCCA